AUGUCUUCCCCGCUGUUGGCCGAGGCCACGCGCAUUGCGCGCGAGUUCGAUUACCCCGCUGCUCAGGUCCAGCGCGGGGUUGCUGAAUACAUACGUCAGUCCAACGAGGGUUUGGCACAGGAGAACACCACUUUGAGCCAGAUUCCAACCUUCGUGACCGCUGUGCCCAAUGGUACUGAGAAGGGUCUGUACCUGGCCGUUGACCUCGGUGGCACCAACUUCCGUGUCUGUUCCGUUCAGCUACACGGCGAUACCACCUUCUCCCUCACCCAGUCCAAGAUCAUGAUUCCGCGGGAACUCAUGGCCUCCGGAACUUCCAAGGACCUUUUCACCUUCCUCGCACGCCAGAUCGAAGCUUUCCUGCGCAUCCACCACAACGAGCACUUCGAGGCCCACAAGCGUCGGCGGCGGGAGGGUAAGGGUGAGGAAGAGCUGUUCGACCUCGGCUUUACCUUCAGUUUCCCCGUGCGUCAAAAUGGAAUCAACUCCGGUACCCUGAUUCGGUGGACCAAGGGCUUCAACAUCCCUGACGCGGUCGGUCACGAUGUGUGUGCGCUGCUUCAGUCGGCCAUUGAUGACCUCGACCUGCCUGUUCGCGUGGCCGCGCUGGUUAACGAUACUGUUGGUACUCUGAUGGCUCGCUCUUAUACCUCUCCCGGAGAGACUGGUACCCUGCUCGGUGCUAUCUUCGGCACUGGAACCAACGGCGCAUACGUCGAGAAGAUUGAAAACAUUAGCAAGCUCCAGCACAUGAAGGAUGCCCACUUUGAUACCACUACCGGCGAGAUGAUCAUCAACGCUGAGUGGGGUAGCUUUGACAACCAAUUGAGCGUUUUGCCCAAUACCGUUUAUGACCGUGACUUGGAUGCGGAUAGCAACAACCCUGGAAUUCAGAUGUUCGAGAAGCGGGUCUCAGGAAUGUUCCUGGGUGAGAUCUUACGCCGUACUUUACUGGCUCUGCACAAGAACCCCGACGUGGGUAUUUUCAAGUCCGCCUCCAAGGCCUCCCUCUCCUCAGAUGCCCUCCUCUACCGCCAGUGGGGACUUGACACCAGCUUGUUGAGUGCCGUUGAGGCCGAUAAAUCCCCUGAUAUGAUCGAUAUCAAGACUGCUCUGAAAGACCACUUGAACAUCGAGAACGCGAGUAAUGAGGACUGCGAGGCGGUCAAGAUCUUGACCCACGCCAUUGGUAAACGUGCUGCCCGUCUCAGCGCCGUUGCCAUUGCGGCCGUUCUCAUCCACACCGGCAAGCUCCAGACAGAUGACAUUGUCGACGUUGGUGUUGAUGGCAGUGUUGUCGAGUUUUACCCCAACUUCGAGGACCACCUCCGAACGGCUCUCCGGGAAAUUACAGAGGUUGGCCUCGCGGGCGAGAAGAAGGUCCGCAUUGGAAUCUCCAAGGAUGGCAGCGGUGUUGGUGCUGCCUUGAUUGCCUUGGUCGCCAGCAAGGACCAGACCUUGCGGAACCCCCGCGAAUAA